AUGGUGCAAGGCAAGCGGUUUAUGUGGAUUGCCAACUACUGCACUUUUCUAACUCGUAUGCAAGUUUACGAAAUUAUUGGGCAUAUUUCUAAUACUGCCACAGGCCCAAAUGAAGUGUCACUUCAAAAUCUUAGGGGUGUGGUAGGGGGCUCAGCCGCGGGGGCCAAGCCUAUCUCGGGCCCUACAGCACCACGCUGCACCGGCUUCGGCAUCCAGGAAAUCUUGGGCUUGAACAAGGAGCCGCCUUCGCAACCUCGCGCAGCCCUGGACUCCUUACCCGCCGGACAUCUGCUGGCGGCCCGCUCCGUCCUCAGCCCGGCCGGGGUGGGCGGCGUGGGCAUGGGCUUGCUGAGCACCGGCAGCAUCCCCGGGUUCUACGCGCAGCCCACUUUCCUGGAGGUAUUGGCCGACCCGCCCAGCGUCCACCUGCAGCCGCUGGGCAGAGCUCCCGCGCAGCUAGACACCAGCCAGACGGCCAGCUCAGAUUCCGAAGAUGUUUCCUCCAGCGACAGAAAAAUGUCGAAAUCGACCUUAAACCAGAGUAAGAAGAGGAAGAAGAGACGGCACAGGACAAUCUUCACAUCCUACCAGCUGGAGGAACUGGAAAAAGCAUUCAAUGAGGCCCAUUAUCCUGAUGUUUAUGCAAGGGAAAUGCUGGCUAUGAAAACAGAACUUCCUGAAGACAGGAUACAGGUUUGGUUUCAGAAUCGACGGGCCAAAUGGCGGAAGAGAGAGAAAUGCUGGGGAAGAAGCAGUGUAAUGGCAGAAUAUGGGCUGUAUGGUGCGAUGGUGCGUCACUCCAUCCCACUGCCAGAAUCCAUUCUGAAAUCAGCCAAGGAUGGCAUAAUGGAAUCCUGUGCUCCUUGGCUGUUGGUUCAAGAUGGCUUUCCCAUGCCCAGGCGCUUUUCUAAACCCGAAUACCAACAAUUCUUUUUAGGGAUGCACAAAAAGUCUCUGGAGGCAGCGGCUGAGGCAGGAAGGAAGCCGGAGAUGGAACGCCAGGCCCUGCCCAAGCUUGACAAGAGUGACAAGGAAGAGAGGGGGCCAGAUUCCAAAACCACCAUUUCCCAGGAGGAACUCAGAGAGAACAGCAUUGCUGCCCUCAGGGCCAAAGCUCAGGAGCAUAGCACCAAAGUCCUGGGGACCAUCCCUGGAGAUCCUCCUACCCCAGUCAGGAAGCCAGAGAAAGAGGAAGAGGCAGCCACGGCAGAGGAUGAUCGGCAAAUGGAAAAAUCAGAUUUAUCACAAGAGGAUGAAAAGCUGGUUUAG